AGCACCCAAAAUGUGCCAGAUUACGAUAUGUAGCCUACUAAAGCUGCAUAGGGAUAUAGCUAUUCUUCUGAAAUGUGACUUUCUUUGACAUUUCAUGUGGAAUUAAGAUCUCGUCUAAAUGAACAAGCUAUGCACAAGGGUGUAAGAUAUUAUGGACAGUGGAUGUGGGUUACUUAUAAUAUCUACUUGUCUAAAGCUCUUUCAGCCCGCUCUUUUCUUGCAGUGUCAUUCAGAGAAGAUAACACCUCUACAGUUGUUCUUCAUUCAACAGAAUGACCUCCAACAGCAAACAACACGUCUGAACAGUGAAGGUCAGAAAUGUCAUUUCGACGGUAUCUGAAGACACUAGGCUAACCUGUGAUCACCUACCCCAGGAGGUUAGACUGAAGGAGCGUGCCUGACCUCUGGCCCCUGACCUCCAGUCCCAUCAUGGUGCUGAAGAUAUUCUUCCCUCAGUGCUGUAACAAGGCAGACAGUGGGUUGCUUGUGGGGCGAUGGAUCCCAGGACAGAACUCGGCCGUGGUGCUAGCUGUUAUCCACUACCCCUUCAUCCCUGGACAGGUCAAACAGUACAUCCACCAGAUGCGUGGCCAGAGUGGGGUGGAUCUGACGGUGCUGGGCUCGUGGAGCAUGCCCAAGGAGGGCCAGGAGGGCAUGGAGAGUUUCCUCAGGGACCUCAGCACCAUCUUCCCCCAGGGACAGUGGCUCCAGCUCAGUAGAGAGAUGGGCAAGAUAGGCUUCAGGUGUCACGUCCUCACAAGGGACCAGAAUGGGAAGCUGGUACAACAGGAAAAGGAGCUGAAAGAGGAUGGAGAGGGAAAGAAAGGAGGAAAGGGAGGAGAGGGAAAGAAAGGAGGAAAGGAAGGAGAGGGCAAGAGAGGAGGAGAGAAGAAAGAAGAGAAUAAAGCAGAGGGAGAGAAAGGAGGAGGAGAGAAGGACAAGGUGAUAUUUAUCCACUAUGAACAGAGGAAGGUCAUGCUGUCCCAGCUGCACCCCAUAGAGAACGGGGUUCCAGACCCUCAAACUGAGUCACAACUACCACAGGUGUUUGGGACAGUGUGUCAGAGUGAGCCGCUGUUCUUCCUGGAUAAGUAUGAUGACAGUCCAGUGAAGCUGACCCACUGGCAAUCAGAGGGACGGGAGGGCUCCAUUAUAGUAGAACUGAUGAAACAGGCCUCUACACCUGUCUGUCUGCUAACCACCUGGAUACUAACACUGUGGACCAGCCUCUGUAGUAGCAGGAUAUUGAAUGUGCGUCCGAUGAGGUUCAUCUCCAGUAAGUUGUCUACAUGUGUUCAGCUGAGCUACAGAACAGAACACCUUCAGACAGUCUGCUCUCCUACCAGAGCCACCGCACACAACCACUUCAUGAGGAAAGCCAAUAUCUUUGUGUCGUUCUUUGUGGAUGUGUCUCUGGGCCUGCUGUUGGUAUCGUGGAUGUAUAGAGAGAACCGUAUAGGCAAACUGGCCAACACACUGGUACCUGCUGCUGAUCAUGUAGCUAAAGAGCUGGAGGAGCUGUUGCAGUGGCUGAUGGGAGCUCCAGCUGGUCUGAAGAUGAACCGGGCUCUAGACCAGGUGUUAGGACGAUUCUUCCUCUACCAUAUACAUCUGUGGAUCAGCUACAUUCACCUGAUGUCUCCGUUCGUUGAGAUGAUUCUGUGGUACGUGGGUCUGUCUGCCUGCCUGGGCUUGACCUUUGCCCUCUCCCUGCUCUCUGACAUCACCUCCCUGCUCACCUUCCACAUCUAUUGUUUCUACGUCUACGGAGCCAGGCUGUACUGUAUGACGGUAUAUGGUCUGUCCUCUCUGUGGAGGCUGUUCAGAGGGAAGAAAUGGAACGUCCUCAGACAGAGAGUAGACUCCUGCUCUUAUGACCUGGACCAGUUGUUCAUUGGGACGUUACUCUUCACCAUCCUGCUGUUCCUCCUGCCAACCACAGCUCUAUACUACCUAGUGUUUACCCUGCUCCGCCUUGUGGUAGUACUGUUCCAGGGAGUUGUCCACCUCAGUGUUGACUUCAUCAACUCCUUCCCUCUGUUCGCCAUGGGCCUCCGACUCUUCAGAUCCUACAGACUGGCAGAGGGGGUGAAGUUCAGAGUGCUCUGUGAGGAACCAGGAACACCUCUACACCUCAUGAUGGAUAUUAACCCUCUGAAGGUGAGCAGUGUGGUUCAGACCUACAGGACCCCCACCUACAGCUGCUACCCUAAAGACUCCUGGCUGGCCCUCUGCAAGAAGCUGUUCCUGGGAGAACUAAUCUACCCCUGGAAACACAAGACUACCAAGAUAGACUAGGACCAGGGGAGAGAUGGGGGGGGGGCUGUUUCUGGGAGAACUCAUCUACCCCUGGAAACACAAGACUACCAAGAUAGACUAGGACCAGGGGAGAGAUGGGGGGGGGGCUGUUUCUGGGAGAACUCAUCUACCCCUGGAAACACAAGACUACCAAGAUAGACUAGGACCAGGGGAGAGAUGGGGGGGGGGCUGUUUCUGGGAGAACUCAUCUACCCCUGGAAACACAAGACUACCAAGAUAGACUAGGACCAGGGGAGAGAUGGGGGGGGGCUGUUUCUGGGAGAACUCAUCUACCCCUGGAAACACAAGACUACCAAGAUAGACUAGGACCAGGGGAGAGAUGGGGGGGGGGCUGUUUCUGGGAGAACUCAUCUACCCCUGGAAACACAAGACUACCAAGAUAGACUAGGACCAGGGGAGAGAUGGGGGGGGGCUGUUUCUGGGAGAACUCAUCUACCCCUGGAAACACAAGACUACCAAGAUAGACUAGGACCAGGGGAGAGAUGGGGGGGGGGGCUGUUUCUGGGAGAACUCAUCUACCCCUGGAAACACAAGACUACCAAGAUAGACUAGGACCAGGGGAGAGAUGGGGGGGGGGGCUGUUUCUGGGAGAACUCAUCUACCCCUGGAAACACAAGACUACCAAGAUAGACUAGGACCAGGGGAGAGAUGGGGGGGGGGCUGUUUCUGGGAGAACUCAUCUACCCCUGGAAACACAAGACUACCAAGAUAGACUAGGACCAGGGGAGAGAUGGGGGGGGCUGUUUCUGGGAGAACUCAUCUACCCCUGGAAACACAAGACUACCAAGAUAGACUAGGACCAGGGGAGAGAUGGGGGGGGGCUGUUUCUGGGAGAACUCAUCUACCCCUGGAAACACAAGACUACCAAGAUAGACUAGGACCAGGGGAGAGAUGGGGGGGGGCUGUUUCUGGGAGAACUCAUCUACCCCUGGAAACACAAGACUACCAAGAUAGACUAGGACCAGGGGAGAGAUGGGGGGGGGUCUGUUUCUGGGAGAACUCAUCUACCCCUGGAAACACAAGACUACCAAGAUAGACUAGGACCAGGGGAGAGAUGGGGGGGGGGCUGUUUCUGGGAGAACUCAUCUACCCCUGGAAACACCACCAAGAUCAACUGAGACCAGAGGAGCGACAGAAUAGAGAAGGGGGAGGCAUAGGGGGGGACAAGAACACCAAGGUUGAUGAGAGGAGGGGGAUGGAUAGGGGGAGAGACAGAAUAGAGAAGGGGGAGGGAUAUAGGGAGAGACAAGAACACCAAGGUUGAUGAGAGGAGGGGGGAUGGUGUGAGAGGAUGUUAGUGUGAGAAUGUUGGUGCUGCUGAUGAGAGCUUGUAAAGGAGGUGUGUGUCUCCUUUUAAAACAGGUAUUUAGGGCUGCUGGCACCCUAUACCUACAUAGUGCACUACUUUGACCAGAGCUCUAUGGGGCCCUGGUCAAAAUUAGUGCACUAUGUAGGGAAUAGGGUGCCAUUUGUGAUGCUGUCUAAAGCAUUUACUGCACUAAUUACUUCUAGUCUUAUUUAACUCCAGAUGUAUUUUAUAUUAUAAGAUUAAAAUAAAACAGUCACAAAUGUUAGAAUGAAUUGAUUGUUUAUACAUUCCGACUAAUGUUUAGCGAGAUUGUGAUUAUUAGAACAUUUGUCAAUGAAUUUAUUUUUAUUGAAAACAUUCAGUAUUUAUUCUUAGUUUAGUAUUCUAGAUCAUUUUUUACUCUGGUAAUGUGCCAUUUUCCCCCUGCUAACCUGCUAACCCCAAACCUACAGUACAGUAUCUAACUGCCAGAGAAGUACUAGAAUAUAGAAGUACUGUAUUUAUUUAACCUUUAUUUAGCAUUACGUUUGAAAGAUUCCCCUAACUUUCCCCAAAUUCCCAGGUUUUCCCCCAGAAAUCCUGGUUAGAAUAUUCCAGAAAUCUGGAGGGAAUAAGCAAGAAACCAGGGAAUCCUCCAACUGGGAUUUCUGAAAUACCAAGGAAUUUUGCAACCUUAUUGAGAGCCUUUAUUUUUACAAUAACAACCUGGUAUUAUCCUGGUUUCUCUUCUUAGAACAAACUUUUCCCCCUUUAACUUCAUAGACUGAUUUUUGUGCCAUAAUGGAAGAAAUAAGAAAACAAUUGAUUCUAAAUCAGGACCAUAGUUUGUCAUAUUGUCAUGAUUGAUUGCACUUGAGAGUGUUGAGUGUUGACUACUACUCAAGUCGUUGAAUGUACAACGUACCUAUAUGUCCGGGGAUGCGUCUCAAAUGGCACGCUAUAGACUAAAUAGUGUACUAUAUGGGACGUAUCCCCAAUGUCGCUUUCAUAAUAAUAAAGUCCCAGUUGAUUUGAAAA